GAGAAGGAAUGCAAGUCUCCACGUCUUCAAUGACUUGGUUAUAAAUAGAGAUCUCUGAGUUUAGAGAGGGUGACACAACGCAGCCGCAAACACAGAGAGAGAGAGGGUGUAAAGGAGAUGAAGGCAGAUUUACAGACAUACUCUGUUAUACAGAGCCAGUCAAGUUGAGUAGAAGAGCUCGUGAGGAGGAAAGAGCAGCAGCACAGUACAGCAAGUGGGCAGACAGUGGCCCACACAGGCAGAGGAAAGAGCAAAACGCCAGAAGUGCAGGUGAGCACACAGGUUCACGGACAGAAGCGGAAGCAGGCGGGGGCUGAUGCAGCUCAGAGAUCGAGCAGACACCACCGAGAAGGAGAUGGAUCCAGUCCAGAAGGCUGUGAUCAACCACACUUUUGGGAUACCGCUGGUGAAGACAAAGCGGCCAGUCAUCUCCUGUAACGUCUGCCAAAUCCGCUUCAAUUCAGAGAGUCAGGCCGAGGCUCACUACAAAGGCAACCGGCAUGCCAGGAGAGUCAAAGGCAUUGAGACCUCCAAGGGUCGCCCUCAGGAGAGCGACAAGCCCCCUCCCCCCACGGCUUCCCCUUCCACCCCAGGACCAUCACCAGCCACCUCGGAUGCUGACCCCAGCAAACAAGAUGAGGCCCAACCCCAUCCGUCCAACGGGCUGCCUUUGGCCUCUGGGCUCCUUCCUCUAACCGGACCUACGACCCCAGACGUCACCGUUGUCCCUCCCUGUCCCCUCCCUACCCCUUCCUCCACCACCUCUUCUUCCUCCUCAUCCUCUUCCACAGGAUGUGGAACCCCUCAGCCCAUUCAGGGACCCCCAGGGGCCCCCUCCCCGGCUCCAAGUCCCUCCGAAUCGGAAGAGGACAAGGCUAAGAAGCUGCUGUACUGCUCACUGUGCAAAGUGGCUGUAAACUCCCUCUCGCAGCUAGAGGCGCACAACAAAGGAACCAAACACAAAACCAUCCUGGAGGCCCGGAGUGGCCUUGGACCCAUCAAGGCGUACCCUCGCUUGGGGCCCAAACUGAGCACAGAGCAGGGAGGGGGUUCUGUGGACCCCAACACUCAGGAACGCACCUUCCACUGUGAGAUUUGCAAUGUGCGUGUGAACUCUGAACUGCAGCUCAAACAGCACAUCUCGAGCCGAAGGCACCGGGAUGGGGUUGCUGGGAAGCCCAACCCCCUGCUCAGUCGGCACAAGAAGCAUCGGAACUCCGACAUCACGUCUUCGCUGUCCUUCCCUAAGGACCUCUCCAAAGCUCUGGGCGCCAGCCUUCUUCCCAGCCCGCUGGCGGUCGCCGCAGCGAUGGCGGCUGCAGCGUCAUCGAACCAGCUGGCUCUGCGUGCAGCGGGUCCUCAUCCGCACCACCACCUGCUCCAGGGUCCACCGCUCAGCCACACCCUCCUAAGACCCGCUCCUGGGCCCAUCCGCACCUCCCACGGGCCAAUCCUCUUCUCUCCUUACUGACAUACCCUCCAGCUGGGAGCAGCUGGGCAAGGAACUUCCAAAAGCACACUGUGAAGGAGUACAUCUUUAAAAAAAAAAAAAACAUGAAAUAAGUCAGAAAUACCCAAAUGAGUGACGAGGAAGAAGUCACCCAUGAGAAGACCCCCAUGCUCUCCCUCUCCCUCUUAGUGACUGACGGACAGAGUACGGGGGAGGGGAAAGGGAAAGGUGCAAUACGAACGCUGGUGGGACUCCUUGUAAAUGUCUAUGCUUUGUGUCACUUCUGCUCACUCUGAGAUCAUCGUUGUAGCAAAUAGAGGAAAAACCAGUCAUACUGUAUAUUUGACCAGUCGUGUAGCUCAGUAGAUCCAGUAGACACAACGCCGAUGGCCGCUUACUGUUCUGUACUGUAUCAUGCCACAGUUCACGUGGGUAUUCCUGUCGUUCUGGUGUUGUGGAUUCUCACCCCGUGCAGUCCGACACCCAGAAAAAUCACGUUAGGUACGGUAUGUGAGGUAGCUGCUUCAAGUGAUCGUGGCUCAUGUCAUUUUGUGCCCGAGUACAGCUUUGGCCUCCAAGAUGCGGCGCGGUACAACGAGAGGAGCAUUGCACAAAAUCCCUUGGGUGCUAGAUCAGAACGGGGGGGAAGAGUAGUACAGGUGCCCCAUGAGUAAUAACGUGGCGAGCGAUGGCACUGCGUAGUCAUGAGAAAGGAGGUUUCGGCCGAGGGCCCCCUGCACACCCGGGCCUCAGGCGGGAGGGAACCAUCGGGAGGAGGAGACGCUCGCUGCGUUUAAUCGAUACGAUCGGUCGGUUACACGCAAAUGUAACAAAUAACGGAAAUGCCCGGAAUCAAACUGUUCAGCGUCUCGCUUUGGCCCUUGAGAACUUCGCGGCUCUGUCAGAGAACCCACGCUUUACAAGGCGCUGGACCGCCCCGUCUGUCUCUCUGCUCGACUAGAAGGCCGAAAGAUGACUUUGUAUGAUGAAUAGCCGCUUACGCCGACAAGCGUGAGCUCUCGCGGGAGCGAAGCAGCGAGCAGAUUCGGUGUAACGGAAAACUCUGAAAAGGUCACACGUGCAUUUAUAGUCUAUAGACGUUGGCGCCCCCCGUGGCUGGUCUGAAGGUGAUCUCCUGGGAUGACUGCUCACAGCGCUGCUUCCUCAACGAUUGUUGGGUGAUUGUUUCAUGUCUGAGGAUCUUAGGGACAGAAGCCGAAGAACAGUUCCCGUGAUUCCCGGCGAUCGGAUGGCGUUACGUGCAGUGGGGUCCCAGGCGUUAACCGUUUUCGUGCGGCGCGGGAUUUGAGGUCUAGCUUUUUCCUGCAACGUGUGAUUUUCCCAACGUGGUCUUCAGCAUGAGUGACCUUCCUUCCCACAAUGUUGUGGAAGAGCAAUAUCAGGAGCGCCGCUGAGAAACACACAAUAAGCCAGAAGGAGAUGAAUAAAGACGCGUAAAAAGAUCAGCAGAGUCCGCAGAACUCCGUCUGAAAGAUCCGUGAGUUCCGUCGUCUAAUUUUGAUAUCCUUCUUCACUCUAAAGCCAUGAAUCUCUUUUUAAUUCUGUUGAUGAUCAUAUCUAUGGUAUUAUGGUAAUUUUCCAUCUGGUGGUUUUGCUGUCAGAUUCUAAACAAUUUAAAUAUGAGUACUGAACAAAAAAACAAUGAAGCACAUUUCUGAAGGUAGAUGACAUUCGUAGCUCCCGGAAUGGAGGAACGAGCAAAGAUAACGGUUAGAACUGUUAAUACGAGCGACCCGUACGAAUGAAAUGUUGAAAGGAAAAAGAAAAGCAGUGAGAGGAGGUCGAGGUCCAUUACAGCUCUGCAGCCUUAUUGUGCACUCUGUUGAGAAAUGAAACAUUUGCUUGGGAAUAUGUUCACAAAGUAAUACCAUCUUGUUGUCUUGUCUUGUAUAUGAUUCAGACUGCAGCACUGUGGCUCUUCCAUGCUUGUCAGUUAUUGCUGAACAGACCGUCGCGUAAAUGAAACUAGGUUGAAGGUGCACUUUCACCACACUCAAACUGUAACAAAGGCCAUCUGUCUUGAAGCUGUAACACGAAGAGGCUGAUUCCUCCUGCCUGGUAGAAGCAACAUGUCUGUUUAAGUCACCAGAGUCAGAAAUCAU